AUGCGGUGGCUUCCAUUGCUAAUUACAAUUGUAGAGUUACGGUCUUUUUCUUGCAACGACCUCCUGGCUUGGUGCGAUACGAGUAAGUCGUAGUGUUUGAAUUUUGACUUGGGCUUAUUUCUAAGUUUUUUAUGUGUUUCUGAUACCUUUCGACCUUUAAAUACGACUUUAAAACCAAAAGAGAUUCCUUAAGCUGGACCAAAUAACUUAAAAACCAAGAUUUUCUAAAACUAACUUACCUGUUUUAAAUUCAGUUGAAUGUACGCUCCUUUAUAUUCCUAAAGAUCACGCUGGAACGCCGGGAAAGAAAGCAAACAAAUGUGAGUUAAACCUAUGACACUAUUGGCACAAAAUAAAAGUCUAAUAAAAAACUAAAACUUGAAACCAAAAUGGUCAUCAAAUUAUAUGCCUUAUAUCACGCUACAUAACUUGAGAAACACAAACCAUGCCAGUUUUUCAGUUUUAUACAUUCCAAGCGAUGACAUUCUGAAACGUCUUGGCAAUGGCUCAGUAGAAACGUUCCAAAAAGCACAUUACUCUGAUUAUGAGAGUAACUUCAUGAAAACUGGUCCUGAUGUCGACCAUGUACAAUCUUACACUUACAUCCCCGAACUCGGCCGUUUCCAAGAUAUUAUUCUUGUACCACCUUCGGCUAAUGUGUAAGUAUAACAUUCAUGAUAAUAUGGGUGAAAUAACAUUACUGAAAGUAGCUUAACAAAGCUGCAGUUUUUUUCAAGACAUUUAUGGUAUAAAUGUUAUAGAAAUUGUUGUUCUAUAGACUUUCAAAAAGAUAACACUGUCAGAAAGUAUAUUAUUGUAGGUAAUAUCUUACAUAAAAAUAAAGUUUCGAAGUUUACCUAAACAUAAUCACGAUUUCAGAGAUAAUACGCCAAUUAUAAACGUUUUGGAUUACAUGAAAAACUAUACCUUGUACACGAUAUACUCGAACGUUAGUGCAAGUGACAAUUUUUGUCGUGAUCAAUACGGAUUUAGUGCGGUAAGGGAACCAAAACAUGAAACAGAUUUUUUAUAGGUUCUCAAAUGAAGAAAUUAUUAAAAUACUUUCUGAAAAAAACUUGUCGACCCAAAUUUAGUCGACCAAAUAGUCCUUUUAAUACAUUUUUUAUUCUGUCAAUAGUGGCAUCUCGUCUCAAUUUAGAAACUAGCGAAUUGUCAAAAAGUAGAAUAAUUUUGUAAAAUUUGCUGAUAAAUUUUACUGAUUUCGGGCAGUAAGACCUUUAUAUAUAACGAUAAUAUAAAAAUUGAACCGUAAAUUAUACUUUCAGAAUGCCAUCAAUAAUUCAGAAACAUGUAUGUCAAUUCACAAAGUUAUCGGCGGCACGGCGGAACGUUACUCAGGUCCAUUGACAUUCAACCGGAUAAAGUUUGAAGAAGAUGAUUACUUGUUGAGGUUUUUGCUCUCUAAUAUGAUGUGAGUCUAAUAAUUUUUUUCUUUUUUAUUGUUUUAGAUUUGCUUAAUAAUAAUUUAAAAUUUACCUAAAGUAAUAUGCCUAUAACUCUUGUAUGAGUUCAUUGUUUUCUUGUUUACUUUAAAAAUGUCAGUGGGUUUUGUCGAAGGAUCCAAAAAAACGUUUUUCAAAUUGUUUAAACCUUGUUUUUAGAGUUAGCUCUGGAAAUAUGUCGUCUAAGACCUUCAAAGAUACGAUGGAGACCUUCAAUACAUGUAGGCACAAAACGGAUGCUAAAGACGAGGAUAACAAGUGCUACAGCGUUUUGAGCAUGUUCGGAUAUGCCAGUAUUUGUUGUUGUUAUACGCAGAAAUGUAAAAGUAUUAAUAUGUUUGGAACUAGACAGUAUCGUCAAAUUGGUUAUGGAUCACAAUAUGAUUCCAACGGUACUGGUCUGCACGUCAAUGAGUAUCCUUUUGAUGUUUUUGCUAAUGCAUCGAUUGGAGAAUAUUGUGCAAUAGAGAUGAGGGUCUCUAUAAACAAUGAGUAAGUCUUUUGGCGUUUCAUGAUUUUAUAAUAGGUGGUAUGAUCUUAUCUUUUACCUAACAUACACUUAAAACGUUUUAAAGGGGUAUCGUGUGACCUAUUGUAUCUUAUUUUGAAGGUUUGAGUACAUUAAUGAUGAAGUUGUAAUCUUUUAAGGACCGUGAACAAGAAAGCAACUCUCGACCUUACGCUAGAAGCUGGAAACGCGACAGGAUCGUGGUUGGAUUACCUCGUUGUUCAUCAUGUCACAUGUUAUCCAGUCGAAAUAGUGUGUCCUAAUACGAACAUACCCGACAGGUUUACCCUGUUUUAUGGGCGGAACGGAUUAUGGGCGGAAUGA